AUGCCUCUUUAUGAAAAAUAUUUUAAAGCAUUACUAGAUGGCAAGGUUAAGGCAAUGCUUGAAUCUCCUCCAGGAGGUCGCAACAUCAUUAAAUUUACUCCACGGUGCUAUUACUACAGUGAAUUAGCGAUACGCGAGGGUAUACUUAUGGAAAUGAUAGUGGAAAGGACAGUAGCUAAAUAUGAUAUGAUUUAUAAGUCUGGACACUACUAUAAUGGAAAUGCUCUAAGAUGUGAUACACUUAUGAAUAUUUUGUGGACUCUAGAUAUCGGUUUGAAUAGUGCGACUUCAUUUGAAAAUCGUAGUAUGAUAUAUUAUGCACUUAAAGACUAUAAUGAAGCACUAAUUAAUGUUAAUAAAGCAUUGGAGAUUGGUCCAGAGAGUUUACAUGCUUUUAAACUUCGUGGUGAAAUACAUAGAGUUCUCGGUAAUUAUGAUCAGGGACUAGUAGAUCUUAACAGGGCUUUGGGGAUCAAUUCCAAGGAUUCAAGUACACUUGUAAUUCGUGGAAUAUUGUAUAGUAAUCUCGGAGACUACCAUCGUGCAUUGGCUGAUCUUGACAAGGCUGUUACAGAAUCUAUUUCUUUUAAAACUACACCAGUCAGCUCUGUUUCACAAUCUUGGAUUAACUUAUUUGAUCUUACAGAAGCAUACCAAGAAGACAUAAUUGCGCUUAGAGUUCGUAGUUCACUACAUAAGGUGCUUAAAAACUACAACCAAGCAUUGGCUGAUCUCAACAGGUCAUUAGAAAUUGACCCAAUUAGUGAUUCUGCUCUUUUAGACCGUUCUUGUUUAUAUUCCGAACUCAAAAACCAUAAUCAAGCACUAAUUGAUCUUAAUAGGGUAUUGGAACUUGACAAAUAUAAUGGACGUGCAAUUUAUCUUCGAUCUGUGACACAUUAUGAACUCAGAAAUUUGGACAAAGCACUAGCUGAUAUUAACAAACUCAACUCAUUCAAUAUUGCAAAUAGUGCAGCAGUACUUUCACUUCGUGGUAUAGUGUUAUAUGGUCUCAAGAAUUACGAAGAAUCAUUGGCUAAUUUCAACAAGGUAUUAGAGAUCGAACCGAAGGGUCCAUUUAGUUCAAUAGCACUUGAAUAUCGUGGUCGCAUACUUCUAUCUUUUAAUAAUUCUGAAGGAUUGGCUGAUCUUUACAAGGCUGGUGCAAUACCAAAAUGUCUUGAUCUUGAUACUAGUUUAAUAUAUUUUACACUUGGUAACUACGACCAAGCAUUGAUUGACCUUGACAAUUCUUUGACGAUCAGGCCCAAGAGUAUAUGGUCACUUGAACUUCGCGCAGAUGUGCAUAUAAUACUAAAAAAUUAUGAUCAAGCACUAGACGAUCUUAACAAAACUUUGGAAAUCAAUCCAAAGAAAGUAUCUGCACUUUUAAAACGUGGCAUUUUAUACAGAGACCAUAAUAAUUGUGACAAAGUAUUUAAAAAUGAUUGUAAACUGUUAAAUGAAAAUAAAUCUCUACGAAUAUCCAUCAGUUCAGGUAAUGAAAACGUUGAUCAAAUUUUGACAAAUACAAAAUGGACACUAGUUCUCGAAUCAUGUAAAAAAGCAAUAAAUCAAUGGUUAUCGGAAUAUUUUUCAAAUGAAAUUAGAAGUUUAAAUGAAUAUGAGGUCUCCUAUUUUAUUGAUGAACUGAAAGAUUAUGAUGAUUUAUUUUUGGCAAUGGAUGUUGAUUUAAAGAAGAUAAACAUAAUUUGGGAUGAAAACAUUAGUUUUUUGACUGAAAAUUCGUUUUCAACGCGACAAAAAAUAAAUGAAUUUAUGAUACAAGCCAUAUAUAAAAAUGAUUUGCUUAAUGCGUCUGAGAUUGUCCAUUUACUUGAACGAUUGCAAAAUGCUGAAGAUAAUUAUUUGUCAUUUAAUGGGGUUGAUAAAUUUAAAAUGGAUCAUAUUUGGAAUCUUAUAAUUAAAAUGUUCUCUAAAAAAACUUUUUCAACCGAUCAACAGGCUUUUGAUUUUCUCGUCCAAUUUGCGAAUGGAAUUGUCAAUUUUAACAAUGCCGAGAAUGCUCUUCUUCUUGCAAGGCUUCAUAUCGUAUUUGCUCUAUUCAAAAAAGUUACUAGCACUAUGGCAAGUAAUAUCGUUUUAAAUCAACAGAUUUAUGAUGAUAGACAUGAUAAGAAAAGAAUUAAUUUCAUAUGGGAUAUUUUUUGUAGAAUAUUUUCCAAGGAAAAUUUUUUAAAUAAUCAACAAGUAUUAGAAUUUUUCAAUAAGUUUGCAAAUGGAAUUGCCAAUCUUAAUGAAGCUGAGAAUGCCUUUUUUCUUGCACGGCUUAAAAUUGCAGUUAUUUUAUGUGUAAAAAGAAGUCCAUCCACAUUAGAUAAAUCAAAAUUAUUUUUAAGUCAACAGAUUUGCAAUGACAACUCAUUAAAAGUAGAUGAAAUAAUUUAUUUAUUCAAUUAUCUUCAAAAUGAUUAUAAUGAUGAUUUUAAUAAUUUAAUUUUUGAUAAUAUAAAACUUAAUAACUAUAAUAGAGCACUAAGUGAUUUCGAUAAGGCAUUAGAAAUUGACCCAAAAAAUGCAUUCGCGUGCCAACAACGCAGCAUUUUGUAUGGUAAACUUAAUGACUAUGACCGAGCGGCGGAUGAACUUCAUAAAAUUUUGAAGGAUGAUCCAGGGGAUAUAGAUUCUCUUGAGCUUCUUGGUAAAAUACAAUGUAAAGCUUCUUUAGAUAAACUAUUGAAUGGUGAUUUUGAAGGUCUAAAUAAUGGAUGUUCACUUGACAGAGAAGAAGAAAUUAAUGGGGAUUACAAUCAGGAACUACUUCAGCUUAACAAAAUUCUAGAGAUUAAUCCAAAUUGUUCAUUUACUCUUGAAAAACGUGGUGAAAUACAUAAAAAGCUUAAAAAUUACAACGAGGCAUUGAAAGAUUUCAAUAAAGCAUUAGAAAACAAUCAUAAUAAUGUGUUUGCGCUUAAAAAUCGUGGUAAAAUUCAUUAUAAACUCCAUAACUUUGAGCAAGCAUUGGCAGAUUUUAACAAGGCUCUAGAAGUUGAUUCAUACAAUUUAGAUAUAAUUCUACUUCGUGGUUGUUUACAACUCAGACAAAAAAACUUCAACCAAGCGCAAUAUGGUUUUGAAGAAGUUUUAACAAUCGAUCCGGAGAAUUCCGAAGCACUUGACCAUCUUGGUUUAUUACAAUAUUCGACAAGACACGAUCCAAAUUUUGCAUUUAAUCUCAAGAAAAGGCGUGAAAAUAAGUAUAGCAAAAAACUUUCUCAUAAUAAAAGAUGGACGAGUGGUAACAGACAAGUUGACAUAGUCAUUAAAACGUCAGGUGGGGAAUGGAAAUGGAUAGAACCAAAUCAAUUAUCAAACAUAGCACAUCUUGCUGAUGGUGGGCUUUCGACCGUUUACACGGCGACAUGGCAUGAUAAUGAUUAUAAGGACAAAGAAGCAAAGCUAGUCGCACUUAAAACCAUUAAUUUUACAAAUAAUAAUACUUCAAAGGCCCUCAAUGAGAUGGCAAAUUUAUCAAAGUUCCGUUUUGUGAAUUAUACUCAUGGGAUAACUAAGCACUUAGAUUCAUAUGCUAUUGUAAUGGACUAUUUUCCCAGUGGAGAUCUGCAACAGCUUUCUUCAUUACAUAAAGAAGGAAUUAUUCAUGGUGACUUGCAUAGUGGGAAUAUUCUUAUCAGAGACAAUAAGCCAUUUAUCUCAGAUCUUGGACUGAGUUCCAUAAGCAUGCAUAAAAAUGCUACACGGAAUGAAGUAUAUGGAUGCAUUCCCUAUAUGGCUCCAGAGUUGUUUAUAAGCGAAUCGCAUUCUUUUGCAAGUGAUAUGUAUGCCAUUGGAAUCAUUAUGUGGGAAAUAUCAGCUGGCACCCCAGAGUGUUGGAUAGAAAUGAUGGAGCGAUGUUGGGCCAAUAAUCCUAAGUUACGUCCAGAUGCAUUUGACCUAUAUAUUGAGGUUAUUGACUUAAAAGGGAAACCUGAUGUCAUUAAGAAGCUUGAAGAAGCAGAUGAAUUUCAAAAGGAACACCCAGGUUCUCAAGAGAACAAAAGUCUUUCUAUUACCAAAUAUGUGAGCUCAUUUAUUUCGUGCAUCACUGAAGAUGAGUUGUUUGAUAUUAAUUUCGCUAUCGAAAAU